AUGGGCACAGAUAAGACCCCUGAUCAAAUUAAAACAGCCGUGAGACCCAGCGUUGACCUCAAAAGUCCCAAGUCUGUGCUGGACAUUGAUGGGUCAGGACGGAUUUCUGGGGUUAAACUACACUCCGUGUGUCUGGAGAGAAUUCAGCCUGCAACAGGAGAGCAUGGGCAGCAGGAGGACAUUACGAGGCCUCGGCGGCGGCAGGAGCCGCCCGGACUCCUGAAGGCCAGAGGAGGGAUUAUCCGCAAUCUCCAAGAGGAAAUUAAGACGCUCUCGGACAAGACCACGCCAAAGAGGAAUGAGACUGAUGCCUUGUCGCAGCUGCACGGUCGUGUCGCGUCUCUUGAGAAACUGCAGGCAGAAAAGGUGGCUGAGAUCGCCGAUAGAGACGUCACCAUCACACGGCUCCGCACACAGCUCCGGCUGGCGCAACAGGACACACAGAGCCAGCUCCAGAAGAGCAAAGAGCUCGCUCGCAGACACAAGAUGAGAAUCUGGUCGCUCGGAGAAAAAAGAGACACUUCGGCUGCGGAGAAGCAUGUGAAGCUGACAGAGACUGGCCAGCUGAAUGCGAGAUGCGAGAAGCACAUGAGGGAUGAGGAAGAGGAUGAGGAGGAAGAGGACGAGGAGGUGGCAGCCGAAGUGGCCCAGCUGUCAGCUCAGCUCCAGCAGCUUCAGGCCGAGCUGGAGAAGACCAGAAGCCAUCAUGUACCUGCCACAGGCCAGACGGCAGGCCGGCUAGCGUGGGAGAGAGAUCCGCUCGGUGAAGACCACCAGGGAAAAGCGGAGGAGAGCGAGGAGCAGCGGAAACAGAUGAGUGAAGAGCUGGCCGUCUUAAAGGAGAACCACGCCGCCGCCAGACAGGAGGUGGGCAGGCUGGAGCGGGCGCUGCAGAGGCGGUCAGAAGCUGUGGCGCAGCUGCAGGGGCAGCAGCAGGCCAGUGUGGAGGAGAGCGGGCGGCUGCAGGCCCGGCUGGAGGCCCAGACCCUGACCACACAGAGCCAGCAGGACGCCCUCACCACAGAGAUCAGGAACGCGGAGAACACACUCCACAAGCUCCAGCUGCAGCUGUCAGACAAGGAGGAGGUUCUAGAGCGUGCGUUGGAGAAGAUCCUGGGCCUGGAGCGGCACCUGGAGGAGGCCCAGAGCCGCCACGCAGCAGCCCAGCGGGAGCUGCACCGCCAGGGGGGCCUGGUGGGGGCGCUAGAGAGAGAGCUGGAGCGCACGGGCGUGGCCCAGAAGGAGGCUGCUCGUGAGGCGAGUGAUCGCGAGGAGCGCCUGAGCCACCUACAGCUGGAGCUGACCUCUGUGCAGUCCUCACGGGAGCACACCAGGAGGGGCCUGGCCUUGAAGGAGCACCUGGUCGCCCAGCUGUCCCAGGAGAACCAAGUCUUGAGGGGGAACCUGGACUCCCUCCAGAAUCAGUUGCAGGCCAGCGAGGAGAAAGUUAAUAGCCUGGGUUUAGAAGUUGGCACACUGACGUCCAAAUUACAGGAAAAGACCGAACAAUCUCAACAGCUGCAAGAUCAAAUUCUCAAGCAGCAGGAGGCUCUAAGUAGGGCAGGCGAAACUUUAAAAGACACAAGGAAAGCAGCUGGCAAUAAGAUCCAACGCAAAGACAACAAACUCGGUGCUCUGCAGAAGGAGCUGCAGGAAUGUAAAAAGCAGCACUCUGACUGUAAGAAAGAGCAUGAGGCGACGGUGCAGAGGCUCCAGGAGGACGCGGUCGAGCUGACCGGCCAGCUCCAGCAGUGCUCACGAGACCUCAGCGGCCUGAGCGCCGACAGGAGCCGCCUGGACCUGGAGCUCGCCGUCGUCACCGAGAAACACCGCACCGCCCAACACGAGGUGAGCUGUCGAGAUCAAGUGAUUCUGCACAUGAAGACGGAAUUAAGAGCCAUCGAGGAAAGACAUCAGGGAACACAAGAGGAGCUGGUGGCUCUGGAGGCAGAGGUCAAUAGGCUUAAUGAGGUCGUGAGCAGGCAGCGCGAGCAGCUCGGGGAGGCAGAGCAGAGCUGUCGUCAUGCCCUCCUACGCCUGCAGCAGGAGCAGCAGGACAAGCAGAGAACUCACAGCCACCUCCACAACACCCAGCUACAGCUGAAGAGCCAGGCUGAGUGUGUGUGCGCCCUGCGCUGCGAGCUGGAGGCCCUGAAGCAGGCCCGCGGUGCGGACGAGCGGCGCUGGAGCCAGAGGGCCGUCCUGCUGCAGGGCCAGCUGGAGGAGGCGACCGCCCAGCUCCGAGAGGCCCACGCCCAGCUCCGGCAGCAGCGGCACGCCCUCAAGAAGCUCCGCAGCCAGAAUGACCAGGCCCAGACGCAGCUCCUGCACGCCCAGGGCAAGGUGAAGGAGGAGGAGGAGAGGGCCAGGGCCCUGGAGGGCGAGCUGACCUCUCUGAGGCGACAGCACAGCGGCCUGCAGCAGAGGCUGGAGGACGUCGCCGGCGCCACCCAGGACCAGGACGCCACGGCGGCCAUCUUGAGGCAGAAGUACACGGUUGCCAUGGAGAAGGUGCAGCAGCUCCAGGAGCAGCUGCAGGCCUCGGAGGAGGAAGUGCGCUACUCUAGGAAGCAGCUCCUUCAGGCACAAGAGGUCAUCAGCAGCCUGAGAGAGGAGAGCGGGCGCCUGGAGGCUGGCGGCGAGGAGAAGCGGCGGCAGGUGGAGAACGCGGAGGAGGCCAUCGACCACCUGACCGAGGAGCUCCAGGCCACCCUGGACGCACUGACCACCAGCAGCGAGCGACGCGCCGACGGGGACCGCACCAUCGAGAAACUCUGCGCAGAUUUGGAAGACAGACAGGCCACGAUUGCCCAGUAUGAAAAAAGAUGCCUUCAGCUUGAGACUGACCUCAGCACCUUCCAGCUCGGUCACUCUCAUCCUAAUGAUGAUUACGAAGCUCAGAGGAGGCAGAGAGAUCUAUACCAGAAGGAAGUGACCCUGUUGAGGCAGCAGCUUGAAGAGCACGCCCACAGGAGCGUGGAGAGCGACAAUCUCCUGGCGCAGCUGCACGGUGAGGCCCAAGGCCUGAGAGAGGAGCUCCGCACUGGGGCCCAGGAGAAGCAGGAGCUGGACAGGGCAGUGCAGUCCCUGCGUCUUGGCCUGGCCUCAGCUCAGAGUGAGCACAGAGCCGCCCUCAGCCAGCUGCACCAGGAGGCCCUUGACCUCCAGCAGGAGCUCACCCUCACCCGCAACACCUGCACCUUCAAGGACCAGGCCGUCAAACAGAGGGAUGAGCUGCUGCGGCAGGCCGAGGUGGACCUCCAGCUGGCCCAGGAGGCCGUGCGCGCGGCGUCCCAGGAGGCCGAGGGGCUGAGGGCGGAGGUGCGCGGCGCCCGCCAGGAGUCCAGCAGCCAGCAGCAGGAGAAGCACGCGCUCAGCGCACACAUCAGCCGGCUCAGCCAGCAGCUGCACACAGCGCAGGGCCUGUACAGGAGCAUGGCCCAGGCGCUGGCUGGUCAGGAGGAGCGGGUGGCGCUGCUGGAGUCUGGUCUGAGGAGUGCAGAGGAGCGGCUCAGUGAGCGCGUGGCCCACAGCGUCCGCCUGGAGCACAGCGGACACAAGAGCCACAGCCAGCUCAGCCACAUGCAGGAGAUGAUGGUGCGUCUGCAGGAGGAGGCGGCGGUGGCCCAGGCGUCUCUUCAGCAGGCUCUGGAGGAGGCCCUGCAGCAGCAGAUGCAGCAGCACACACUCAGUGUGGAGAGAGAGCAGGCUACCGAGGAGAUACACACACUCACACAACAGCUGCAGCAGCAUGCAGGGCAGGUGAGUUCCCUGCGCCUGGUGCUGGAGCGGGAGCGCGAGGAGCAUCAGCAGGAGCUGGCCCCGCUCAAAGCCUCCGUCGCUCACCUGACCGCUCAGGUGGACAGCCUCAGGGUCCAGAGGGACGAGCUCGCCAACACGGUGGGGCGUCAGGAGGGCAGCGUGCGUGAGCUGGGCGAGCAGCUGCAGCAGUGCCAGGAGGUGUGCCAGCAGAGCGCCCGCGCCCAGGAGAGGAAGGAGCAGCAACUGGGCACGCUCAGAGCAGAGGCCGCCGCGAGAGAGCAGAGGCUCGGCUGCAAGGAGGAGGAGGCGGCGGCUCUGAAGAGUGAGCGAGAGGCUCUGGAGAAGAAGCUGGAGGAGGCCCUCUCUGAGCUGCGGAGGCUAGCGGAGGCUCUGGAGGAGGCCCAGGCCCAGAACGUGCUCCUCAGCCAGGAGAGCCAACUGGUGCUCACCAACAUCAGCCUCUGGAUCAAAGAGCAGAAGAGCGCCAGCGAGAAGCUUUCUGGGAGAGUGAAGGACCAGAGCCAGCGGCUGACCGGCCUGACCGCCGAGAGAGAUAAUCUGCAGGCGAGUGGCGAGGCUCUGGAGGCUGAGCUAAAGACCUUGCGAGCAGCGUCUUAUGAGCGGGAGCGGGAGCUGGAGCAUUUAAAGGCCAUCCACUACCACUCGGAUAAUCAACAGGCCCUUCUUAAUCAACUGCAAGGUCAGCUGGAGGCCGAGGAGAUUGAGAAGGAGAAUCUGGUCACCAACAACCUCAACAAACUCAAUGACAUGCAAGAAAAUCUCCAAUCCAACAUGGACAGCAUCCUUCAUCUGAACAAGCAGCUGUGCUCCCUGAGCGCCGAGCGGGACGAGCAGCACACACAGCUGCUGCGGGAGCGCGCCCGGCGCAAACAGCUGGAGCUCCAGCUGCUGAAGGGACCCGGCGCCGCCGCCGACGCCACCACCUCCCAAUGCCACCCACCUCCUCCUCCACCUCCUCCACCUCCUCCUCCUCCGCCCAGCCUGCAGCACCUCCAGCGCUGCCUCUCUCACGGCUCGCUCCACCUGCUCCCCUCCGCCUCCUCCUCCUUCUCCUCCGCGGAGGCGGCUCGUCUCUGCCACGCCGGCCCAGAGGCCGAGGGGCGGCGGGACCCGGGGGCGACCCGGCUGAGGCGCUGGCGCUCGGCCCAGAGGCUGGAGGACCCGUGGGUUCUGCUGACCGGGAGACCGACCCGCCGAGCCGAGCCGCCCGCGACGGG